GCAAGUUCUCUGCAGUCGCACUUUGGAUCUACAACGCGAUAUGAGAUCCAUUUUAUUCGUGUUGUUGGCCACUGGGGCAUUUGCGGCGCCCACGUCUCUUCAUGGAGAGAGGCCGCCGGAAUGCGACAAGAGGUCGAACAGAUUUCAUCAUUUAAAAGAGUUUCCUUACAAUUAUGAAGGAGAAUCAAUAAGUAGUGUUGCAGGCUCGUCUUCAGCCCGCUCAGGGUUGAAAAUCCGCGCAAGAUGUGUCGUCAAGUCCAUUGCACCAUGUCAGCAUGUCUUGAAGAUCGACACAGUUGAGCUCUGGGAAGCACAGAGCAAGAACCCCGGUCCCUUGGAUUAUCAAAUAUCCCAGGGAUCAACAGCUUUUGCUGAAGAGCUUCAAGCUCAAGACCUUGUAUUCAGAAUGGAUGCAGGACGCAUCACUGAGAUCCUCGCCCAUCCAGAGGAGCCUUCUCAUGUUUUGAACAUCAAGAGAGGUAUCCUCAGUGCACUUCAGGUGCAGUUUGUUGAGGAUCAUGCCACCCUAGAGGAGGACGAUGUCGUUGGUAGGUGCAAGGCGCGUUAUGAGAUUAAAUCACGCCAUCUGAGCAGACGCCCGAAAAUCGUUUACAAGACACGCAAUCUGACUGAGUGUACAGAUCGUGCACAGACCGACAUCGGCAUUCACGUCCAUUCUUAUGAAGAAAAGCCCAUCAGCCUACUACAUUCAAACAGCACAUGUAAGCUGUACCUGACCGCAAAAAAACGCACCCAGAAGGUAGUGUGUGAGGAGGACCAUCUUUUCCGCCCGUUCUCUGGCGGUUACAAGAAUGCCUCUGGAGCAAUAACUAAAAUAAGACAAGUUUUGGAAUUGCAGUCUAUCCUCACCGCAUCUGAAACUGCAGUACCUCUCGAGAGACUUCGCCCAGUUUCACUGAGGUAUGCCCAUGCUCAGCCCCAGUCUAACCAGGAAGCUAUUACGGAUGCAUUUUACUGGGCAAGCCGCCUAAGUAAGGAGUCGAAACAGUCAACAAAGCCCGAGUCGGCCCAGCACUUCUCUAACCUUGUGUUUAGCAUCCGCAAGCUUAGCACGCCAGCCAUGGAAACUUUGUGGCAGAAAAUCCAUAACGAAGAAGAUCCUAAAAUGCGCGAAUACUUCUACGAUGCUCUGCCUCACUGUGGUACAGGAGGAUGCGCAAAAGUAAUGAGCAAUGCCAUCAGGAAGAAGCUGGUCAACCAUGAGCGUGGUAACAUGUUUCUCGCUGGAUUGGCUAUGGCAGGAAAUCCCACAAAGGAGACAGUCGAGCACGUGUUAGAGCUGUGUGAGGAGAACCCUGGAAGAACCGCCAUGUUGACUCUUGGAACACUCAUUCACAUAGUUUGCGAAAGCAAGCCACAGGAAUGUAAUGAUCAGGAUCCAGAAAACCCCAUUACAAAGGCUGAAAACUUCUUCUUGUCCCGUCUGGGUCAAGAAUGCAAGGGCAAAACACCGGAAGAUUUUGAGAACUUUAUCAUCACCCUGAAGGCCAUAGGAAACGCUGGUCGACCUUUAAAAGCUGAAAAUGUCUUACUCAAUUGUGCCUGGAACUUAGAAGCACCCGUGAACAUGAGCAUCGCAGCACUUGAGGCCCUUCGUCGCUUGCCUUGCAGUAAGAAGAUGACAGACCAGGUCUUGCAGAUCUAUGGCGAAUUUAACGUGGAUGUUGAAAUCCGUAUCGCAGCUUAUCUUGCCCUCACAAAGUGCCCAAGUCCAGAGGUGUUCAGGAGCAUCGCCGAAAUCCUGAAGAAUGAAGUGAACAAUCAAGUUGGUUCUUUUGUUUGGUCCCACAUGACUAACGCCAUGGACUCCACAGAGCCAGUUCAUGGUCUGCCUCAAGCUGAAAUGAUGAAAGACGCCCUCAAUGGAAUGAAGCUACGAGAGUUCAACCUGAACAGAUUAAGGUUUUCACGUGCUUGGGAAGGCUCAUUUUACAGCGAUGUCCUGAGGUUCGGUGGAUCAGCUCAGAGCCACCUUAUUUAUCAUCCGACCAGUUUCUUCCCACGCAGUGCCAUGGUUAACGUUACCGUCGACGUCCUCGGAACAUCCAUCAAUGUCCUGGAGGCAGGCGCACGCUUCGAAGGGUUCGAGAUUCUUAUCGAGCAGUUUUUCGGAGAAGACGGUUAUUUCCCUGACGAUCGCAUCAUGCAGAUGUUCAACCUGAAGCCUCACGAGGAGAGGGAUAAGGAGGAGAAAACUGUGAAGACCUGGAAACUCAAACAAAAGAGGAGCUUGAACGAGGACUUGAACAAGGUGGAAAAUCAUUUAAACAAAUUGCACCAUAUGAUGGACAACCGUAAGCAUCACCCAUCUGGGGCUGUUUCUGUGAAAAUGUUUGGUAACGAAUUGAGACUUCUCAGCUUUGACGACAUUAGCUGGUUGAAUGACGAAGUGGACAAAAUCAACGUGAUCGACAUCUUGAUUGCUUUAGCUAAGGGAGGCAAGAAGAGCUUCAGUAAAAGCAUGAUGUUCCUGGACGCUAAGACUACUGUCCCAACCAUCCUUGGUCUUCCGCUUAAAAUGAGCGCCAAGGGAACCACUGUGGCCUCAGUGGAACUCGCCGGGAAGUUUGACAUCAGGAACAUGUUUUGGGGAAAGAUGCGUUUUGAUAUACGUGGGCAUGUCAAACCCAGUGCUAUUGUGGACGUGAGUGGUCGUAUGGGAGUGAGCGCAGUGUAUGCCGAAGCUGGCGUCCUUGUCAAUUCCUCAUUGUACACUGUAACACACCUCAAGGGAAAUGCAUCAUAUGCGCAAGGAGAAAUCUUGAAAUUUGAACUGGGUGUCCCAGAGGAACCUGUUCAGUUUGUCAACGUAUCGUCAUCACUUUUCGUUACUCUCAACGACGAGAAAUUAGCUAUUGAAGGGGCGCCGAGAAGGAUUGAGCCUGCACCUUGCCUGAACUUGACACGUGUACUUGGACUUACGUUCUGCAGUCAGCUGUCUGUGCCUUUGGCUUACCGUGACUACGAGUCACCGUACUUCCCAUUUUCUGGUCCAUCUUCCUUCAGUAUUUCAAUGACACGCACAGACCCUAAGCUCACUAAAUAUCAGUUGAUAGCAGAACGCUUGCAAACUGAAGACGAUAACAAAUAUGAUGUGAUUGCUGUAAUUUCCACACCUGGAGCAACGUGGGAGCGAAACCUGGAGGCAAAUGGAACUAUGUGGUUUAAAAAGGAUGGCAAACUUUUCAGUGUGUCUACUGCUGCUCUUGGCUUAAAUUUUGGCAAGUUCAAAGCAACUUACAACAACAAAACGCACGCGGUGAAUCUCACGUAUUCUGGAAAGGACGCUGUUUAUGGACACCCAAUCGUUGUUAAUGGUCACUUUUUCAACAACUCGGGGGUGGACAGCCCUUAUCGAGAUAUGGGUUUCCAGUUGUCCGCUUCAUAUAGCAAUUACACCAUCACACAGUUGACUAAGCUCUACAACCAUUCAAAUGCGUAUGGAUAUGUCAGUAACUUGACCUACUGGCCAGGCAAGUACAUGUUUUCAACUGGAGAAGUUAAUGUCCCAAAGAAGAGCAUCAGUUUCCUAGCAAAUCAUACUUGCACCCAAACCAAGAUCAGCUUCAAUGGAAAACUUGGAGAGGAAGAAGACGAUUUUGUUUUCAGCUUUAGCAACAAGCCAACAAAGGCGGGAAUCGAGCUUACAGGAAGACAUCUCAAAGCUCAGAAAGAAGGCGUCCUCCGCCUGUUUGCUCGUCCAUGUCAGCAGUCCUUUACCCUUCGUGGAUCAUAUCUCGAGGCUGGGCAAGAGAAAGGUAUUCAAUUCACUGGAACCCAUGAAAACAAAAACCGUGUAAUCAGCUGGUACACAGGUAUUGUCAACUCGACCAAUGAAAGGUCCUUAAAAAUAAAUGGCACUGUGCUUGGAAGUAAAGCAGAAGCUGUCUGGUCGUAUCUGAAUCUGACACAAAGUAAAGCAGUCAAGUUUCAGGGACUCCUCCUUAACCAGUCCGUCGACGCCGUUUGGUCAUACGUCAACGCUGGGCAAGAACAAGGGCUUCGAUUUAAUGCUACUGGCCUGAACAAGACCUUGGAGGCAGCCUUAACGUACCUCAAUCUAACAAAUGAUCAGAGCUUGAAGUUUAAUGCAACAGCCCUUAACAAGACCAUCGAGGCGGUAUGGUCGUACGUCAACCUCACCACAGAGAAAGGAAUGCGACUUAAAGUCUUGGCAUUGAAUCACACCAUCCAAAGUGUUUUAACCUUCCAUAAUUUAACACAAGAAAAGAGCAUUAAGUUCAACGCGACGGCUCUGAAUAAGACUCUGGAGGCUAUGUGGACAUACGUAAAUGUAGGGAAAGAGAAAGAACUACGAAUGAAUGUCACUGCCCUGAACAAGACGGCCGAGAUCAUAUGGUCAUACUUUCAUUUCGGCGACAGAAAGGGAGUACGUUUCAAUGUUUCCGCCCUCAACAGAACAGCCCGGGCAAGUUGGACUGUCAUCAACCGCCAUACAGCAAGGAGUUUGGAGUUCGAGGCCGCCGCUCUGAAUAAAACCGUCAAUGCCACAUGGACCUUAGUUAACUUGAGAAAUGAGAAGAGUUUGAAGUUCAAUGCUAGUUUUGGAAACAAGACGAUCAAUUCCUUCUGGACCUUCUUGAAUUUAGAACAUCAGAAGAGCUUAAAGUUCAACGCAAGCUGUGGAAAGAAGAAUUACAAUGCUACUUGGACCUUCUUAAACUUGGGACCCGAGAAGACCUUAAGAUUUGAGUCUCAUUGUGGAAAUAGGACGAUGAACUCCUCCUUGACUUUCCUGAACAUGCAAAAUGAAAAGAGCGUGAAAUUCCAGGCAAUUGCUUUCAACAAGAGCAUCGCUUCUUCCUGGAUCUUUGCAAGCGUGAAAGACAAAAAGAGUUUGAACUUUAAAGCAAGUGCUCUUAACAAGACGAUCGAUGCCGCAUGGAUCUUCCUUAACCUUGCAAACGAAAAGAGUUUGAAGUUUAAAGCCAGCGCAGAAAACCAGACCAUCAACUCGUCCUGGACUUUCCUUGACUUUCCCAAUGAAAAGAAGUUAAUUUUCAACGCAAGCGCCCUGAACAAAACGAUGAACGCCACAUGGACCUUGCUAAGUACGGACAAACAGAAAAAUCUGAAAUUGGACGCCAGUCUUGCCAAUAAGAACGUAAAAUCCACGUGGACUCUCGUCAAUUUAAGAACUGAGAAGAGUUUGCUGUUCUCAGGCAGUGCACUCAACAAAACUGUCGAGGCCUCCUGGACUUUCUUCAACUUGACAAGUGAAAAGGGAUUGAAGUUUAAAGCUAACUGCCUAAAUAACACUCUUGAAACAACCUUAUCGUUCUUGAAUUUCGCCAGAGAGAGGAGUUUAAAGUUCAACGUAUCUGCUAUGAACAAGACGGUAGAGACAGCAUGGACCUUCGUUAACCUCACCAAUGAGAAGUUCAUAAAAUUCAAUGCUACUGGAUUCAACAGAACUGCUGAGACUAUCUUCAGUUACACUUUUGACGGGAAACAGAGAUCUAUCAAAUUCAACGCUUCCGCCAUGAACAAAACCAUUGAAGUUGGUUCGAGUUUUGUGAAGAUUGGAGAGGAACGUGCCAUUAAAUUUCAUGCUUGCACCUCGAACAAAACUGUAAAAGCUGUCUGGAGCUAUCUUCGGGGUGAAUAUGCACAUUCCAUAAAGUUCAAUGCUUCGGCUAUGAACAAAACUGUGGAAGCCACCUGGAGUUACGUAAGGAGCGAUGACGAGAGAGCGAUCAAAUUCCAUGCGGCCGCCUCCAAUAGGACCGUUGAGGCCAUCUGGAGUCUCAGAAAGAGCGAUCAUCAAGAUUCUUUCAAGUUCAAUGCCUCAGUAAUGAACAGAACCGUAGAGGCUGCCUGGAGUUAUUACAGAGAUGAAAAAGAAAGAUCCAUCAAGUUCCAUGCCUCGACCUUGAACAAAACAGUGGAAGCUGUAUGGAGUUACUUGAAGAAUGAGAAUGAGCUAUCCAUCAAGUUCAAUGCGUCAGUUGUUAACCAAAGCAUGGAGGCUAUCUGGACGCUUUUGAACUCUGAGGCCGAAAAGGGACUCAAGUUUAAUGUUGCAGUCAAGAACAAGACCUUGAAUACUACUUUUGUUUACUUUCGUAAUCCAUCCAACUUGGGAGUGCUUCUAAACGUGAGCUCCUGUAACAAAUCCGUCAGCCUGUUGAGCAAAGUCUUCUUACUGGGGACAAACAAGAAAGUCAUCCUCCAAGCUGCCUAUCAAAAUUACAGUGUCGCUCUUGUCGGAUUCUUUAAGAAUCUGACUUCCCAGAAAACUGCUUGCAUUUAUCCUGAAUACCUUGGUCGGUCGCAUGGGAAAAUCUGCGCUGUUUUCUCAAACAGCUCGGUGGAGAAGAGUAUGUCUCUAAACUUGACGGUCCUUAAUAGAACGGGUGAACUGAAGACGCAAUGGUUUAAGAACCCAACAGAAACUGCUAACCGCUUAACUGCCAAGUUCAACAAGACAGUUUUCUUUGAAUCCUGGAUGAGCUACAUGCACCCAACGGAGCUGAAAAGCAUUCAUUUUAACACAACAAUCGUGAACAGAUCCGCUGAUGCUACCUUUUACUUCCGCAAUGGCAGCGAGAAAGCAAUUGGAUUCAACGCCACAGUUUUAAAGAAGCAUGUUGGCUUUGAGGGAGUUUGGCUUAAUGGAAAGAUCCUAAAAGAAGCAGCCGUUCACUUAUUUUGGAACAAAUCUACUCUAGCGAAAUCAUCUUUGAUGUUCUUGAAUAACACUCAACGUAAGGUACUUCAAUAUCGUGCACAGCUUGGCCGCUUUGUCGCUGAAUGGGAAGGUGCAUACGUCACCCAGAGACCUGGUGUAAAAGAGCUUCUAACGUUCCGCAUGCUCCGAAAUGGAAGCCAAAGCAUUUUCCUAGAUAGCGCAAAACUGAUCUAUACCAAGACCGACAAGACUCACGAACUUGGGUAUCAGUACAAUCUUAGAGCGAUGGGCUACUCCUUCGAGCAUGGCUGGGAUGCUUCUUAUUACAACUACUCUAACACCGAGGAUUCUUAUCAUGAAGGCAGGUUCGCUGUGAUUUAUUCUAAAGGCAAGAAAGUUUCGGUGACAGGAGUUUUCAGAAACACUUCUAAGGAACUUUCCAACACUCUUGUCGUCGAGUAUCAGCCCGACAAAACGGUCACUCAGUCCCUAAUUUGGUACAAGCAACGCAAAUCAGUAAAUCUCAGAGUGGAAUUGAUUCCAAGCAAACCUUUUACGUGGACGACUACCUGGAACAGGAAUAAUGGCUUUUCAUUCAACAGCGUCUUGGAUGUUCUUGGCAAGAAAAUCGAAAAUCAAUUUGACCUCAACAGGAAAACAGGGAACUAUGAAGGUCACUUUGAAAUUUUCCCCGUUUAUCCCCUGACGGUGAGAGGAGUCUUUACUCAAGACCGCGGCCUGUACUUCACAACGGAGAUUUCAGCCUUUAAGAGGACAUGGAACCACAUGAUCGAUUUUAUUGAAGAAGACCGAAAACUAGCAAUUUCUGUAGAUGUUUUGCCUGGAACACCAGUGGAUUUUGAGGCUAACUGGAAGAGUAUGGACGACAUGGGAAUAGCUGUCAAUUUGAAAGGUUUUGAGAAAUCACUUCGGGUUGUCUGUGACUACGAUAAACUCACUAAGACCUUCACCUCAGGCUUAACCAUCUUCAAGCAAACGCUGACCUUGACUGAAAAGCUAGACACCGAAACGAGGUCCCUUUUCUUGACCUUCUCUGCGUUCAAUCGUACCGCUGGUUUCACCGGAAGGUUUGACUGGAAGAACUAUGUCGCCAGCACGUUUGUAAGCUACCAGAACAACAAGGUAGGAUGGUUCAUUAAAUUUAACCCAGCCUCAAGAAGCAUCGUUUUUAAUGUUACUGUCACGCCUCGUAUCUCUGGACAAGUGGUGGGAGAAAUGCCGAACGCCAAUCGCCUUCAGGUUACGAUCCAACGCAAACUUGGAGAAAAUGUAGCAAAUGAAUCACGGUUGAUGUACAUCCUGAAUUCUGAGGCUAGUCUUAUUUCGUUCACGUGGAAUACUUCAGCCGUAGCUACUCUGGUGAACCAAGCCCAAGUGUUUAAGACCCUACUCAGGAAUGUGACCGUGAGGUUCUACAACCUGACUGUCCUAAUGACGAAAAACCUGACUAAGGAGGUCGAAGGGCUUGUCAAGAAGUUGGAAGCUAAGAUCAAGCCUACCGUUCUUAAGAUUUACGCUGAAUACAAGACUUACAACUACAAGGGAUUGAUGCAGAAUAUUACAAGCGUGGCUCACAACAUGUCACUCCGACUUUUGAACAUCACUCUGAGGUCACUGAACAAUACUAUCAACAACCUUACAAGAAUGAUUGGUAGCGCCAACUUUACACACAUCAUCGGUAAUGCCUCGGAGUUUUACAAUACGAUUCACCAGAAUGCCACGGUUGCAUAUAGACGGCUCCGUAGAGAGGUGCUUCCUCCCAUAAUUGGAAAUAUAACCAUCCAUCUCCAGAAUAUCAGCCGGGAUCUACAAGGCUGGGCCAAAAAUCUAUCCCUCAUGGCGAAUUCAGUAAUGGUGCGUGGAGAAAGGGUUGGUGAUAUUGCCAAGCGUGUUUCCCAAAGGGUUCAAAUUAUAACCGCGCAACUCGUGGAGAGAGUACAGAUCAAAACUCGCGAGCUAAUUGUGAGGCUUAGAGAAGUUGAAUUGCGCGGGAAAAAGCUUGGCCCCAUUUAUGACCAGUACAUGCUUGAGAUGAAAAAGUUCACUUGCAACUUCAAUGCAUCCUGUUCACUUAGGAAUGUAACAAUCUUUGCAAAGAACCUGACAACAAGCGUUCGCAACAUUACCGUUUUCAACAAGACGAUCGAGGAGCAUUUCAAGCUGCUGAAUAAGACUUUCCUGCAGAAUUUCGAACAGCUUAACAAGACCCUACGACCUAAAGUAGAGGUCCUCUUUAAGAAAGCCUGUCUAUUGCGUCAAACAGCGCUGAAUUUCACAAACAAUUUGACAAGGAUUCUGCCCAAGCUGAUGACGAAUGUCACCCUUCAAGCUAUCCAUCUGGCCAAGAACUUGACAAAAGAAUUCAGAAACAUUACCAUCCAGGUUAGGAAGGUCAUUCUAACUGCCUACUCAGAUCUACAGACUCGCUUCCCUCUCAUUAAGUUUGCGAAGGACGUUUCCAUUUCAUUCGAAAGAAAAGCCUACCCUAUUGUACUUAGGAUUGUCCAUCAAGUGCGCAAUUUCACUCUUGACGUAAAGAACAAUGUUACUAAAUAUUUGGAACCAGUUGUCAAACCCCUUAUUCCACAGGCAUUCGAGGUAAUGUACAAAGUACGCAACAUCACUAUCCGACGUGUUCCUAUUGGCCAAGUCAUGGAUAAGGCUGUUCUUGUUUCCUUGAACAUCGCGUCCGAGGCACUAAAAUUAGUUAACCACACCGUUUACACUAACAUAUCGGCUCUGAUUGCUUUUAUCCGCCACAACUCACAAAAGUCAGCUGAAGAGAUCUUGGAUUUGACUAUUGAAAAGGGCAUGAAGUUCUUCAAUCUGUCAAAGAUGAUUUUAAACGAGUCACUUAGCCUGGGACUUAACCUGAGCCGAAGGGCUAUUCUGGUUUACAAUAGUUCGGCAAUGAUUCUGAACAAAACCUUGCAAAAGCUUCUGAAGAUGCGUCCUGAUGAACUUGUGAACCUCUCCAUCGAAAAACUGCAAAUGAUUGCCAAAAAUGUCACAGCAGAAGUCUUAAACAUUAUCAAACAGUUGCGUGCAAUCGAUGUUUCUGGCAAGAUCAAAGCGGCAUGGGCCAAAAUGGACGUCAUAGCUAAAUUGGAAGCUUUGCAAAUUACAGCCAAGUGGAAACAACUAGUGGAGUUCAUUCGAGCAUUCAACAUCAAAGAAAGAGCACUUCUUGUGAGAGACUUCAUUGGAAAUGCCUCGCUGAAAAUUGAGAAAGAGCUGAGAGACAUCUUGAAUCUUGCCAAUCGUGUUUUGACCCUAGCAACUGAUCUCGUCAACAUGAAAGUUUCAAGAGAAGUAUUUGUGAAGGAAGUGAUUUCCCUUGCCAAGGAAAGUAGGCGAGUUUUCACCAAGUAUGGAAUCAUGGCCAAGAAUACAAGCCUUCACUGGGAAAGUAAAUUGCGAAAUGUUUCGUAUGAAAUGGCAUGCCUCUACAGAAACAUCACGGUCAACAGGACCCUCGCAGCUUAUAACAUCUUGAAGAAACACAGUUUGGUGCUGUACAAUGAACACCAGCAAGAAGGACUUAGGCUGUAUACCCUUUACAAGAAUCUCCUAUUAAAAAUAUAUGAAGACUUUAAAGCAAAUGUCAUCCAAGGUAUCGGAAUUCAACGGGAGAAGCUGUUGAGUGAAUUGAAUGUCCUGAUCACCAAGGCUAGAAAGCUCGAGAACAUGACUUAUGAGGAGAUAGUUACGAAGAGUUACGAGUUCUUAAGUAAGCAUGGGCUGGCCAUCUACAGUAAUAUAACCGUACCCGCACUGAACCUAUACAGCAACAUUUCUACUCAUGCUCUUCAAUUCUACGGGAACGCAACUUUCCAUGCAGUGCGACUAUACAAUAAUUUCACAGCACAUGGACUUCGACUGUACAAAAAUGCCACCUUACGUGCAAGGCAGCUCUACAGUAAUUUCACGUUACAUGCAGUCCAAGUCUACAAGAAUGUUACUGCCCAUGCUCUGAAGCUUUACGAGAAUGCCACUGUGAUUGCGAUAAAAUUCUACAACGAAACCAAGAAUGUAACUCUAAGAGCACUGAACCUGACUUUGGUCCUGGUCAAUCGCACUAAGAUGAUGGUCUUGCAGUACUACAAUGCAACUCUAAACCUGACUAUUCACUACUACAACAUGGGCCGAAACUACUCCCUUCAGUACUACAAUCUCACACGCAACUUGAGUCUUCAGUACUUAUUGAAGCACUCCAAUCUGGCACGCAACCUCACCCUACAUGUCUACAAUGUGACACGGAAUAUUACUAUUCAAGCCUACAACAAGACCAGGGCUCUGGUGCUUCAAGGAAUUCGUUACAUAAACCUAACUGUCGUCCCCUUGGUUAAGGCCAACUUCAUUCAAGGAAAGGUCCUAGUUCUGAGGUAUGCUGAUGGGGCUGUGUAUUUCGUUCAGUCAACCGCUCAAGCUAUGAAAAAGUGGUAUAGUGAGAACAAAGAGAAGACCCUCGAGGAGCUCUAUUUCGAAGCUUUCGAUCUCGCAGAACGCAAGUUCCUCGAGAACAGAGUGUUCUUAGCGAACAAAUAUGAAGAGUUCAAAGAGAUUGUUGAGGAUAGGAUCAGGGAGAAGAUUAACGAUGCCAAAGUAAGAUUCACAGCUAAGUUUGAAGAGUGGAAGAAGGAGCUGCACAAACUGAACAAGACUGUGAUCAACAUUACUGGAGAGGCAAUCGCUCUUUACAACCAAACCGCUAACAUCACAUUCAUUACUGCGAAAGAGCUUGUUGCUAUCUUCCAUCCUUAUGUGAAGGUUAUGGCGAAUAAGACCGUCUUCUACCUUAUAAAGGCCAAGAACAUCUCUCUUCCACUCCUCGAAAAAGCUGCAAAUAUCACUUCGCUUGCUCUCAACCAAACGCUAGAGCUGUUGAACGAAACACGGCAGCAGCUGAGAAAGAGCUAUACAAAAUUCAUGGCCCUUGAAGACGUCCAGAGGCUUAUCCAGAAACACCAGCUGAAACAACGUUAUGUAAUGGUUGAAAAAUUUGUUCUUGAGAGGUAUGACGAAAUCGUGGAGUUCCUGAAAGCGAUGAAACCCAAAGUUGAAGCCAAAGUGAAAGAGGCGAUCUUUUAUCUGAACGUAACUCUUCCAGCUGAAAUCAAGGGAAGAUGUGCUAUGAUGAAGAACAGGUAUGAUGAGAUUAAGAAAGAGAUCCAAAGUCUAUUGGCUGAUCCCCAAAUGCAAUUGGAAAAGGCUCUUGCUAAGGCUCAAACUGCCAUUAAAGGUACAUCCAUUGAAAGCAUCGUGCAUCACGAACGCGUGCAGGAACUAACUGAAGACCUCCGGAACCAGGAACUGAUUGUAAGUUGUCGAGGAGUCGUCAAAAACAUUUCGGUUAACCUCGGAAAAGCCGUCGAGUUGGCAUCGGAAAAGGUCAAAGAACUGAUGGAAAAUCUUAAAACUAAGGCUGAAGUAAUGGCAGAUAAGAUUAAGACUAAAAUGCAAGAAACACGCCAAACUUUGAUCGUGAAGUUUGAAGACUUCAAGACCAUGAAGCUCCGCGAAAUCGUUGAGCACAACUCUGUGUUCAAGACCAUCGAGCUGGCCAAAAAUGUCUCUCUACAGAUCAGAAAUAUGACAUUGGAAGCCAAGAACAUGACGAGCAAGUUUGUGGCGAUCGGAAAGGUCUAUUACAGGAACAUCACCGCGAAAGUCGAGAAUUACACCAGGAUUUUGAAGGCUAAAGUUCAAAACUACACGAGGUUCUUGAGAGAAAGAGUUCAAAAUUACACAAAGAUUGUCCAGGUAACUGUACAGAAUUAUACAGAUGUGUUAAAUGCAACAUUCCAGAACUACACAAAGAUCCUUAACGCUACAUUCCAAAAUUAUACAAGGAUGCUUAAUGCGACAAUUCGCAAUUAUACAACGAUCCUGACAUCUCAUCUCAAGAAUUAUACCGUAAUCCUCAAAGGCCAUUACGAGCGCAUCUAUGCCAGCCACUUUGUUUCCUUGCACAGGAAUUACACCUUGUUGAUUAAGAAGUACAAAGCCUUGGCUCUGGACUGCAUCGGCCGCUGUAAGAAUUUGACUUUGAGAGGAAUUGCCAUUUCCCGCAACUGGACUGCCGCUUCAGUUACUUUCACCCGCGUGUGGAUCAACAGGACCUUACAGGAGGGUAUGAAGUAUUACAGACAAGAACUGGAAAGAGGUAUGAGGUACUAUAGAGAAGAAGUUAAGCCUUUGUACUUCAACAAAGUCCUGCCAUUCUACAAAGACACUGUCCUACCUGCGUAUCACAAUUACAGCAAGCUAGUAACUAUAUUGCAGAGGAACAUCACGAAGACGGCUCUUGAACUUAAGGACAGUGUGAUGGGCCUGAAAGAAAGGGUAAUUAAUGUGAGUAGACAAGCUUUCCAGGUGGCACUCGACAUCGACUCUUGUCCCGUGCUUCGUGCAUUUGGCAAAAUGACCUUCCGUGAGUCUGUUCUAAAGGGACGUGUCCUUUGCACUCGUGCUUAUAAUUACACUUUGAACAUGACCCGUUUGGCUGUGAACUUGACAGUGGAGACUUUUAACAUCGCUAGGGCGCGCCUUGCCUGUGCCUUGAACACAACAAUGGCUGCCAUCAAUUCAACUCUACUGAAUUCCAAACCCCUCUUGAGGUUCUUCAAUGAUACACGAGCAGAGGUGAUCGAAACUGCUGCCUUCGUCACCAAGUACUAUGGAAUCGACGAUGCCGUCAAAGCAAGAAUGCGUAGAAGUUUGGAAUUCACGAGGAACGUCACCAUGGACGUUGUCAACAGGCAUGGACAGUAUCUUAGGGGGAAGGUGCAGAUGACUAUAGAAUUUGUAAACUCCUCUCUCCAAACUGUUAAUGCUCCAAGAUUCAUCAAGGCAUCAACGCUCACAGCUCUAAAAUUUGUCAACACCACUAUGAGAUAUGUUAACCGCACUAUUGGAUAUCUGAACGCCACGUUCGUAGAUGUAACCCACAGACUCAACAAGACCGUCCAUUUUGCUCGUUCCAUCAUCACAAAGAAAAUCCUGGAUACCCGUGUUGCCAUGAACAAAACUGUCCAAGAUUUCCAUGUGGCUGUCAACAGAACCAUCACUAAAGCUCUGGUGUCCAUACGCAACGCCCGUAUCGCAAUCAACAAGACCAUCACAAAUGCUUAUAUCGCCAUCCGUAACGCCAGUGUAACAAUCGGCAAGACCAUCACUGAUUUCCGCUUGGCUCUUCCCAAGUAUAUUCAGGUUACUGAACAUGGUGUCACUGUUGUUAUCCCGAGAUUUGACGGAAAGAUCAAGACCCUAGCUUUAGCCUCAGUGGAAAAAAUUAAGAUCUUAAAACAGGACUUCCUGGUAAAGAUGCAAUUUCUCAGAGAGACCACCCCAGUUAAGGUUGAGGCGCUGAAACAGCAGUUCUUAGCAAAGAUUGAGUCGCUUAAGCAAAACGGAGUGAUAAAGAUUCAGUCGAUAAGACGGGAAGUUCUUGAAAAAAUGGAGAAACUGAAACAGGAAGUACCAGACAGGAUAAGACUUUUGAAACAACAAUCUGCUGUAAAGAUCGCAAUGUUGAAACAGAUGGCAGUUGAGAAGUACAAUGAGCUGAAACAGAAUGUUAUUGUCAAAUAUGGAGAGCUGAGACAAAACGCAGUUGAAAAGUUAACUGAGCUUAAGGUUAAGGCCAGAAUUAUGUCGGGCCGUGCCAAGACCAUCAGUAAAGCAUGGGUGGCGGUAACUUUGAACAAAACCGUGUUCUACCAGCAAAAAGCAUACGGCUAUGUCAUGAAGGUUUACAACUUAACCAAGAAUCAUCUCACAGAAAAAUACAUCAACAUAACCCUUCACUUCCUCAAUGUUACCAGGGACCUUGCAGUGUUCUACCGCCAGCAGACGUACAGAUUUGUGAUAAACGCCUACAACCUGGGCAAGAACCAUCCUCUUACCCAGAAGUAUGCAAAUACCACUGUCCAUUACCUCAACAUUUCCAGAAAACUUGCAACGGUCUAUCGUCACAAGAUGGUGAGGCUCUUACGUAACAUUUACAGGAGGACCAGGUAUCACCCCGUGACCGUGAGAUACCUUCACAAGUCUGCGCAUUACUUCAACAUCACAAGGAACUUCUUAAGUGGUUUGAACAUGACCCUAGUAAAGAACGUCACCAGCCAAUAUGCAUCACGUGCCUUGAAUUUGUCCCGCCAGUGCUACAACGUCACCAACAGAUACCUUUCACGUGCGCUGAACUUGUCCCGGCAUUGUUAUAAUGUUACCUUGUCUCGUGCGCUGAAUCUUUCCCAUCAUUAUUACAAUGCUACUAACAAAUAUGUGUCUCGUGCAUUGAACCUUUCUCGCCAGUGGUACAAUGUUUGCAUGGACCGCACUCUUAAUAUAUCCGUGCAAGUGUACAAAGUCGCUCAGAACGUUACGCUGGAUAUCUUAAAUUCAAGCUGCCCAUCCGAGGCCUUGGGCAAAGCCAUGAGCUAUUCCAAGAUCGCUAUCAAUGCUACAGUGAAGCUUUACAGGAAAACUCUACGUCAAGCUAGUAAUUGCUCAGCUACAGCCUAUAACCAAACAAUCGAGCUUUUCCACGAUGCCAAGAACUUCUCGACGAUGGCGGUAAACAACACGGUCAAACUCUACCGACAGGGAUUGCUGAAAGCUAAGAAUCUGUCGAUGUUAGCUUUGAAUAAGACGGUCAAGAUCUACCAACAAGCGUUGCUAAUGGCCAGGAACUACUCAACAGUGGCUGUGAACAGGACUCUGAGACUUUGUCAUCGUCUAUACAAUAAAACAGUGUUGGUCGUUUACAACACAACCUUCAUGAAGACGUAUAUUCCAAUGGCUUUGAACCUUUCCCGUCAGUGUUACGGUAUCACCAAGAAUUUUACAGUCGAGGUUUAUGAAGUUGCUGUAAAUGUAACCCUCGAUAUCUACAAUUCCACAUGUCUAGUAGAAGCCUUCGGCAAGACGAAGAAUUAUUCGAGAGUAGCUUUCAACGAGACGCUCAAACUUUACAGCACAGCACUGGGCCACGCCGUGAAAUACUCAACCAUUGCACUGAAUAAGACAGCCAAGCUGUACCAAGAGGCACUGGCUCAGACCAGGAACUACUCUGUUUCUGCUUUGAACAAAACCAUGAAGAUCUACCAACGUGUGUUCAAUAGAACUGUUCAAGCCAUUUACAACACCACCGUGAUGAAGAAAUACCUUCCAAUAGCUCUGAAUUUCACGCGUCAUUGGUGCAGUGUAGGAUUUAACAUGACUCGAAACUUCACCGCCGGUGUCUAUGGAGUCGUCCAAAAUGUCACCCUCGAUGUGUGCAACUCAAGUAGUUUGCCAGAACUAUACGGUAAAGUCAGGAACUACUCACGGAUUGCCUUCGACCAGACCAUGAGGAUGUGCCUUGAACUGUAUGGUGAAGCUUACAACUUAACCUCGCAAAGAUAUGCUGAGCUGAGAAACUACACCUUGACGUUGUACGAGGCCAUUAUCCAGCACGAAAAAACUGUCCUGUAUCUGAACCACGCCCACAGGUACCUUUAUCACACCAAGAAGAUGAUUUCCACGCGCGUCCGCAGCCUGCACGGAGCUAAACGCUACUGGCAGAAAAGGAUGAAUCAUCGAGUGUCGCAAAUGUCCUAUGCUCUGAACCCAAUUAAUUGGAUCCCACCGUUUAACAGUACGGCGAUGAUCUUUGGUGGACCCCACGUGUACACGUUCGACGGCACCUACUACAAAUUCCCAGGUUACAGGAAGCCAGGCUGCAUGUACGUCUUAGCAAGAGAUGUCCGCGACAACAAGUUCACAAUCCUUAGUCAAGAAACAGCCAUCAUCGUUCUCACGGAGGACUCGAGCGUGAAGAUAUAUCAAGACGGUAGAGUUGAGACGAUUGUCAAGGUAUCUCCAUCAGGAAACAAAGUCUCCGACGGUUAUCACAGCGAGCUUCCGGUAGAGAGCUUCAACACCACAGUCCAAAGGCAAGGAUCCUUCAUCGUUUUCCGUCAUGACAUGGGCUUGGAGAUCGUUUGCGAUGUUGAGCACUAUUUGUGUACUUUCAACAUUGCAAGGUGGUUCCAUGGACGUAUGGCAGGUCUCCUCGGAACAAACAACAAUGAAUUCCAUGAUGAGAUGAUGACUAUUAACAACACCCCAGCGAAGUGAUUAACCGAUUUUGUGAACUCUUGGGAGAUCUCUCACGAUCCAGAAUGCAAAGUACUCGAGGAGGAGCCGGAAAAGCCCAAGUGCAAGAAAACAAGUUACAUACAACGAUGUCGCGCCCUUUUCAAGGAGAAGAACUCCCCGUUGAGUCACUUCUUCUCAGUUGUUAACCCCGGACCCUUCGUAAAGGCCUGCGAGCAAGAUUACAAAGAAUGCGACUCUAACACUCCCAAAGACAUGAAGCACUGCAAUUCAACUGCUGCCUAUAUCGAACUCGUUAGAAUGAAAGGAAUGUGGGCUGAGUACCUGCCAGAGUGCGGACGCUGCGGCGCUAACAAGAUCGGUAAGACAUGGUUCCAGAAAGCAGACAAAGCUGUAGAUGUUGUUGUUUUUGUACCUGAGACCUCCAUCCUCAAGAGCUAUGCUGAGAAGAUACCGACAUUCCUCUCUAGCAUGGCUGAGUCCCUGGGUGAGUCCAAGUUCUCCUUCCGCUUUGGAGUGGUUGGAUUCGGUGGUCGCUUGACACACAAAGGCCCGCACGCCAUCACCCUUGACGGUCAGCUGAUGAACGAUAUUGACAGCGUCGAGGAUGCGUUUGAGCAUCUGAAGUUCUCCAACGGAGAUUCUGACAACGACAGUAGUAAUGCUUUGGAGGCUAUGGCCUACGCAGCCUAUAAUUAUCCGUUCAGACCAGCUGCCACCAAGAUCUUCCUGCUAUUAACAAGCACUGAUCGCCAUCCAAUGGCUGACUUCGCUUCUCUCGAAAGUAUCGGCAGCAUGUUGGAAUCUAAAGACAUCAUCUUAAACGUAAUUGGAAAAUACCGAAAGUUCCGCGGCGAAGUCAUUGGACAAAACUUCAGAGGGAAUGUGUAUUACAGAAAGCGACCCGAGGUUGGUUUAGGUACAGCUACCCUUCCUGAGGGCGAGUACGUGUCGUUAAUGAAGUCCACCCAAGGAUCUGUGUUUGGCCUUCCAUUCCUAGGAUCAGAUGACAAAGAUAAAUUUGGAGCAUUACAACAAGCCAGUGUAAGUGCGUGGAAGGAGCAAAUCAAACGAGAUCAGUACGCAUGCAAAGAGUGCUUCUGCGCACGCGGCGAUGCUGGUCAAGGAAAGACCAUCUGCAAAAAGAACUCAUUCCAUACCAAAUGCUGAGGAAAACAGGAAUGACAGUUCAUGAAAAGGCCAGUACAGUAGAAAGCUCAGCUUCGCCCACGGAACUGUACAAAAGUCACGCUAUUUGUAACUUGCUUUAUUGUACCUCGAGAAUGCUUAAAUAAAUAUAUGUAGUGGUUGGGUCACGUUAUCGCAAAGUAUUAAUAAUUUAUAACAAGUUAAUUUUAUUUUAUUGAGAAGUUCACAUCGUUUUGAUAAACAGAGCAAGCCUUAACGUGGACGAUGAUUUGUUUGUGAGAACCUUGUUCUCGAUGUUCGAAAAGUAGACGUUAUAAAAAAUAUGUGAUAUAGUAGUUUUGGGCUAGCUGACGCGGGUGAAUUUCUGGCCUUUUUUACCUCAAUUCUUAGGAAAUUUUACAAUUGAUGAAUGACAUUAUUUAAGGUUUGUUUGUUUAUGGGACGGCUAGCUAUCGAUGCUUGCAAAAAGAAGAAAAACGGAAACAUGAUUUCAAUUUGAGCCCCAAAACACACCAGAGGGCAAAUGAUAUAUAUCCAUUAGGUUAAGUUGUUAGAGACAGUUAAUUUCUUUUUGGUUAAUUGCUUUGUUUAACUCACGGUGCUGGAACGUUCGCAAAUGAUGAAGGCAGAAAAAAGCAUCUCGCGGCUCUAUCUUCUGAUGAAAAGAACGUAAAUCCCAAUUUUAUGUUUACUUUAGGGGGGUUUAGUUUAUUGUCAAUAAAAACGAACAUUGAAAAUGAAACAUGAUUGUUC